AUGGUGAGAGAGAUCAAAAACAGAAAGUAUCUCCCCAACAGGGGGCUAAACCAUCUGGAGCACAGCAACCAGGAGCAGGCGCUGUCAAAGGCUCGCAGCCCAGCCCCCAGGGGCCUCAGAAAUCAGGCCAGACUACCCCCAAGCAGCAGAGCCAAGGUCCACUUAAACAAGGAGGCUCCCAGAUGCAGGGUAAUGGACAGGCAGGGCCCCCACUCAAGCCAGGUGGGCAACAAGCUUCUCCAAAGGCCAGGCCACAGCCUGACAGCCAGCCUAAAGGUGGACCACAGCAGCAAAGUUUACCAGAAGUUGGAGCUCAGCAGGAAACUCCAAAGGGAUCACAACAAAAAAAUCCUCCCAAGGCUGGGCCACAACAAGGAUCUGCUAAGAUUGGGCCGCAACAAUCUGGCCCUCAACAACAAGGGUCACCUAAAGUUGGACAGAAGGCUGGAGUGCAACAGCAAGGUCCAGCUAAAGCUGGACAACAAACACAGGGCUCCCCUCGGACUACAUCCCAGCAACAGUCCACUUGUAAAACCGGGCCUCAGCAGCAGGGUCCCAAGGGACUGGGCCCAGCUACCAAGACCCAGGCAGGACCUACAUCACAGGAAAGAAGUCGAGCUGGGUCUCAGUCGAGAGCAGGGGUCAAGUCCCUUUGCCCAGACGGUAAAGCUAAUAUUUAUCUUUGCACAGGGGAAAGAGUGGCUUUGUCUGACCUGCCAGAUGCAGAGAGCCCUCGACGCAUCUGAAUCAGCAGGACCUCCACCGACAAAACACCAGCCCUCACCCAACAAAGUUUUUACUGCCCAAAAGCAGACACCAACCCCUGCUUCCUCCUCCAAACAUGAGACCCCCACAUCAGGCUCCCCCCAAAGGAAACCAUCCAUAUCAGCAGCACAGCAAGCAAAGGCCGACACUGCUAAAGGACCAGACAGACAGAAACAAGCCAGUCCAGCUCCUAUUCGGAAAGCUUCGCAGGAAAACCAGAAAACGUCUGGUCCUCAGAAACCACCAAAUCAGAUGGGUCAGACUGGGCAAAAGCAGAGUAAUAAUACCCAAGCAACGCAGCAGGAACCAGGAGGUUUCUUUGGCUUUGGAAGUCCUAAAACACAGCAUGAUGCUGCAAAGCCUGCAGAGUCAGUGACCGGGAAGAUGUUUGGCUUUGGUUCUUCCAUCUUCAGCUCUGCAUCUACUUUGAUAACAUCAGCUGUCCAGGAUGAGCCAAAAACAACACCACCAGUUUCUCCCAAGAUGCCUGCUACAAAGGAGCACAAACCACCUGCUGCCCUUAAACCAGAUCAGGAGAAAAAAACAGAACCCCAGCAGACCAAGGCUCCUCCAUCAGCACAGGCCAAGGUGGACAAAGCUCCAUCAGAGCCUCCAAAAGCAGCAGCAGCCUCCAAAGCUCCUCCCAAAGUGGGCCACUCCACCUGUCCCCUCUGUAAGGUGGAACUCAACAUGGGCUCCAAGGAUCCUCCCAACUACAGCACCUGCACCGAAUGCAAGAAUGCUGUCUGUAACCAGUGUGGAUUUAACCCAAUGCCAAAUGUUUUGGGGGGAAAGGAAUGGCUUUGUCUAAACUGCCAAGUGAAACGUGCUGCUGGAGGGGUGGAGCCCCCAGAACCGACAAUGAUGAAACUUGAGGCUUCACCAAACAAAGUCUUGGCAAAUAAAAAAGACACUACUUCCACCAACCCAUCAUCAACAAAGACCACUCCUGUACCACCACAGGGGACUAAACCACCUGGUUCACCACAGAGAAAACCGCCAGCCAAUGCUGUGACUGCAAAAGGACAAGAAGGUCAAAAACAGGCUAGCCCAACUCCUGGUCAUAAAACGCCACAGGAGAGCCGGAAGUUAUCAGGUCCUCAGAAACCACCACAACAGACAAGUCAGACUGGGCAAAAGCAAAGUAAUACCAAACCAGCUACACAGCAGGAGUCAGGAGGUUUCUUUGGCUUUGGAAGUCCUAAAACACAGCAUGAAGCUGCAAAGUCUGCAGAUUCAGUGACUGGGAAGAUGUUUGGCUUUGGUUCAUCCAUCUUCAGCUCUGCAUCUACUUUGAUAACAUCAGCUGUUCAGGAUGAGCAUAAAACCACACCACCAGUCUCUCCUAAGAUACCUGCUGCAAAGGAGACUAAAGUUCCUGCUACUCAGAAACCAGAUCAGGAGAAGAAACCAGAACAAUGCCAGCAGGACAAGAGACCUCCAUCAGUACAGGCCAAAGUGGACAAAGCCCUAUCAGAGCCUCCAAAAGCAGAGGCAGCCUCCAAAGCUGCCUCCAAAGUAGGUCAGUCCACCUGUCCCCUCUGCAAGGCGGGGCUCAACAUGGGCUCCAAGGAUCCUCCCAACUACAGCACCUGCACUGAAUGCAAGAAUGCUGUCUGUAACCAAUGUGGAUUCAACCCAAUGCCAAAUGUAGCAGGGGUAAAGGAGUGGUUAUGUCUGAACUGCCAAAUGCAGAGAGCUCUAGGAACAUCUCAGCCUCCAGGAACCCCCAUAAUGAAACCACAAGUCUCACCCAAAAAGGUUGCUGCCCCUACUGAUGCCCUAAAGAAGGAUACUCCAAAACCAACUGAGCCUCAAAAGAAAGACAUUCCAUCACUAACUGCUUCCUCAGAAAAGGAGACAUCAGCAGCAGCUUCCCCACUGAAGAAAUCAUCUACACCAGCAACACUGCCACCUAAGGUUGAGGCUGCUAAAGAACCAGAGAGUCAGAAACAGCCCAGCCCAGCCACUGGUCAGAAAAUGCCACAGGAGAGUCGAAGGCCAUCAGGUCCUCAGAAACCACUAGAACAGACAAGUCAAACAGGACGAAAGCAAAGUAACGCCACCCCAACUACACAACAGGAGUCAGGAGGUUUCUUUGGCUUUGGCACUUCUAAAACUCAGUCCGCUGCAAAGCCUGCAGAGUCAGUGACUGGGAAGAUGUUUGGUGUUGGUUCAUCCAUUUUCAGCUCUGCAUCCACUUUGAUAACAUCAGCUGUUCAGGAUGAGCCUAAGACGACACCACCUGUUUCCCCAAAAAUCCCUGCUGCUAAAGAAACUAAACCACCCUCUACUCAGAAAGCCAAUCAGGAAAAGAAAUCAGAACAGCCCCAGCAUGCCAAUGCUCUCCCAGCAGUACAGACCAAGGUGGACAAAGCUCCAUUAGAGCCUCCAAAGGCAGCACCGGCUUCCCAAGCUGCUCCCAAAGCAGGUCUGUUGGCCUGUCCACUCUGCAAGGUGGACCUCAACAUGGGCUCCAAGAUGCCUCCCAACUACAACACCUGUACUGAAUGCAAGAACACUGUUUGUAACCAAUGUGGAUUCAAUCCAACGCCAAAUAUGACAGAGAUUCAAGAGUGGUUAUGUCUCAACUGCCAGAUGCAAAGAGCACUAGGAGCAUCUGAGCCUCCAGGUCCUCCCUUAAUAAAAUCUGAUGGAACACUGAGUAAAGUUCCCACACCCGCACAUGUACAAGUUAGGGACACAGCCAAACCAACUGAACCUCAAAAGAGGGAUACUUCAAUACCUGUUGAACCAAGAACAAAGGAAGCUUCAGUACCAAGCUCUCCUCAAAGGAAACCAUCUGCACCAGCAGCACAGCUAGCUAAGGCUGAGUCUGGUAAAGGACAAGAAAGUGAGAAACAGGUCAGCUCAGCUCCUGGUCAGAAAACACCACAGGAGAGCCGGAGGACAUCAGGUCCUCAGAAACCACCAGAACAGACAAGUCAGACUGGGCAUGAUCAAAGUAGUGCCACCCCGGUUACACAACAGGAGUCAGGAGGUUUCUUUGGCUUUGGAAGUCCUAAAGCAAAGCAUAAUGUUUCAAAGCCUGCAGAGUCAGUGACUGGGAAGAUGUUUGGCUUUGGUUCAUCCAUUUUCAGCUCUGCAUCAACUCUGAUAACAUCAGCUGUUCAGGAUGAGCCUAAAACAACGCCACCAGUUUCUCCCAAGUUGUCUGCUGCCCUGAAACCCAAUCAGGACAAGAAACGAGAGCAACCCCAGCAGGCCAAGGCUCUUCCAUCAGUACAGGCCAAGGUGGAAAAAGCUCUAUCAGAGCCUCAGAAGGUAGCAGCAGUCCCCAAAGCUACUCCCAAAGUAGGCCAGUCUACCUGUCCACUCUGUAAAAUGGAGCUCAACAUGGGUUCCAAGGAUCCUCCCAACUACAACACCUGUACUGAAUGCAUGAGCAUGGUGUGCAACCAAUGUGGCUUUAAUCCUAUGCCAAAUGUAGUAGAGGUGAAAGAGUGGCUGUGUCUCACUUGCCAGAUGCAAAGAACACUGGGAACAUCUGAACCCCAAGGAGCUCCCUUGAUCAAAUCUCAGACAUCCCCAAACAAAGUAUCUACAUUUGCUGAUCCCCAAAACAAAGACAUUAACAAUCUUUCUGAACAUCAAACGAAAGAGACUUCCAUACUUGGCCCCCCUAAGAAAAAUAUGUCUACACCAGCAGCACAGCCACCCAAGGUGGAGACUUCUAAAAGCUCAGAGAGUCAGAAACACGUCAGCCCAGCUCAUAGUCAGAAAAUACAACAGGAAAACCCAAAGACAUCAAGUUCUCCAAAACCACCAGAACAAACAAGUCAAGCUCAAGAUGUUCCAAAGCCUGCAGAUUCAGUGACUGGGAAGAUGUUUGGCUUUGGUUCAUCCUUCCUCAGCUCUGCAUCAACUUUGAUAACAUCAGCUGUUCCGGAUGAGCCAAAAACACCACCAGUUUCUCCCAAGAUGCCUACCGCAAAGGACACCAAACCACCUGCUACCAAGAAACCAGAUCAGGAGAAAAAAAUGGAACAACCCCAGCAGGCCAAGGCUCCUCCAUCAGCACAGGCCAAGGUGGAAAAAGCUGCAUCAGAGCCUCCAAAAGCAGCAGCAGCCUCCAAAGCUGCUCCCAAAGCGGGCCAUUCCACCUGUCCCCUCUGUAAGGUGGAACUCAACAUGGGCUCCGAGGAUCCUCCCAACUACAACACCUGCACUGAAUGCAAGAACAUUGUCUGUAGUCAAUGCGGAUUUAACCCCAUGCCAAAUGUUGACGAGUCAGAGCCUGCUGAAAGCUCUCCAAAGGUAGAGCCAGAACAUGCCCUGAACCAAGAAAUGACAUCUCUUCCAAAGCAGAAACAGUCUUCAAUAGUUGAGACCUCACCUGCCAAAUCUGUUCCUCCAGCAGCUCAGCCAACAAAUCAGGGAUCUGGGGGGCUCUUUGCAUUUAGUAGCCCUAAAUCACAGCCCACUGCCUCAAAAACAAAUGAAUCAGUCACUGGAAAGAUGUUUGGCUUUGGUACCUCCAUCUUCAGCUCUGCAUCCAAUUUGAUAACAUCAGCUGUUCAGGAGGAAUCUCGCACAACGCCACCAAGUUCUCGCAAGAUGUCUGCACCAGCACAAGUUUCUCCCAAGGUAUCCACCACAGAACAGAUUUCUCAACAGUCCACACCACUGGUUCCUCCCAAGAUGCCUGCUUCAAAGGAGACAAAUCCAACUGCUGCCCAGAAUCCAGAUCAGGAGAAGAAACCAGAACAAAACCAGCAACCUAAGGCUCCUUCAUCAGAACAGACUAAAGUAGACAAAGUCAAAACAGAGCCUUCAAGGGCAGCAGCAGUAGAUGCCUCCAAAACAGUCCCCAAAGCAGGCCAAUCAACCUGUCCACUCUGCAAAGCGGGUCUCAACAUCGGCUCCAAGGACCCUCCCAACUACAACACCUGCACUGAAUGCAAGAGCACUGUCUGCAACAAAUGUGGAUUUAGCCCAAUGGUGAAUAUAAAAGAGGUGAAGGAAUGGUUAUGUCUUGAAUGCCAGAUGCAAAGAGCCCUGGGAGCAUCUGAACCUCCAGGUCUUCCUAUCAUGAAACUUCAGCCCUCUCCGAGUAAAGAGAUUGCCACAUUACAGAAGCAAGAGACCUUGGUUCCUGCUCUUCUGUACCAGGAAGCUCCUAAACCUGCCUCACUCAAGAUGGAACCUAUUAGCCCUGCCAAAGCCAUAGAAAAAGAACAGCCUAAACCUGCCUCUUCAAAGAAGCAAGAUUCUCCAUCAGUGACUUCACUGCCUGACAAAAUUAUUCCAUCCAGUCUUAUACAGAGUAAUGUAACACCUUCCCCACAACAGCCUCAUCAGCAGAAGACCACACAACUGGACCAGCUCCAACAACCCUCUGGGGUGUUACCAAAAGAACAACCUGGAAAAGUGCAGCCACUACUUCUAAAAGCUGGAACUUCUGCUAAGCCUCCUCUUGCAUCACCUCAGUCUGCCAAACAAGAAUCAGGAGGCUUCUUUGGAUUUGGUGGCCCAAAAACACAGUCUACUCUGACAAAGCCAGCAGACUCCAUGACUGGGAAGAUGUUUGGUUUUGGUUCCUCCAUCUUUAGCUCUGCAUCCAAUAUGAUAUCAUCAGGUGUUCAGGAUGAGCUUAAAACUACACCACCGACUUCUCGGAAGAUGUCCACAAUAGGCCAUGUUUCUCCUAAAACCACACCACAGGCCUCCCCUAAAAAAGUAGUAGUUAAUGAGAUCAAGCCACCUGCUACCCAGAAACCAGAUCAGGAACAGAAACUAGAACAACCCCAGGAGGCCAAGGCUCCUCCAUCAGUACAAGCCAAAGUGGACAAAGUUCCAUCAGUGCCUCCAAAGGCAGCAGUAGCAUCCCAAGCUGUCCCCAAAACAGGCCAGUCCACCUGUCCACUCUGUAAGGUGGAGCUCAACAUGGUCUCUGAGGAUCCCCCCAAUUAUAACACCUGCACUGAAUGCAAGAACAUUGUCUGUAACCAAUGUGGAUUUAACCCAAUGCCAAAUGUAGCAGAGGUGAAGGAGUGGCUUUGUCUCAACUGCCAGAAUCAGAGAGCCUUAGGUGCAUCUCCACCUAUUGAAUCUACCUUGAUGCAACUACAGCCCUCCCCAAGCAAGAUUGCCACACCUGCUGGACCUCAACAGACAGACACACAAAGUUUGGUCCAGUCCCAAACAGAAAAGAACAUAGAGUCUGCAGUACAGGUAGCCCCAUGUAAAAAAGAGACCCCUACAGCUGGGUCCCCCAUCUCAGCUCCAGUCCAAAAGGAAGGCAAACCAGUACCAGAUUCUCCACAAAGAAAACAGGACCUCACAGGUGCUGCAGGAAAGAAUGAUCCAGGAAAAUCUCAAGAUAAGUCUUGCCAACAGCAACCUGUUGCAAAUCGCCCACAAGUACAUCCUCAAGCUCCAUUGCCAGAUUCAAAACCAGGAUCGGCAAAGCUGGAGGCUAUAAAACCAUUGCAGCAGCAGCAAACAAAAUCUGUGACCUCUCCAGCUAAAUCGGCACCAGCACCAGUGCCGCCUACUAAGCAGGAAUCAGGAAGUUUCUUUGGCUUUGGUGGUCCUAAAACUCAGCCUGCUGGAAAGCCUGCAGAAUCAGUGACUGGGAAAAUGUUUGGCUUUGGUUCUUCUAUCUUUAGCUCUGCAUCAACUCUGCUAACAUCAGCUGUUCCAGAUGAGCCUAAAAAAACACCACCAGUUUCUCCCAAGAUGCCUGCUGCAAAGGCGACCAAACUGCCUCCUACCCAGAAACCAGAUCAGGAGAAGAAACCAGAGCAACCCCAGCAGACCAAAGCUCCUCCUUCAGUUCAGGAGGUGACCAAACUGCCCCCUACCCAGAAACCAGAUCAGGAAAAGAAACCAGAGCAACCCCAGCAGACCAAGGCUCCUCCUUCAGUUCAGGAGGUGACCAAACUGCCCCCUACCAUGAAACCAGAUCAGGAAAAGAAACCAGAGCAACCCCAGCAGACCAAGGCUCCUCCUUCACUUCAGGCCAAAGUGGACAAAGCUGCAUCAGAGCCCCCAAAAGUAGCAGUGGCUUCCAAAGCUGCUCCCAAAGCAACCUGUCCCCUCUGUAAGGUGGAACUGAACAUGGACUGUAAGGACUCACCCAACUACAACACCUGUACUGAAUGCAAGAGCACUGUCUGUAACCAAUGUGGAUUUAACCCCAUGCCACAUACUUCAGCAAAGGAAUGGCUUUGUCUGAACUGCCAGACUCAGAGGGCUUUAUUGGGACAGCUGGGAGACUCAGAAAAAUUUCCCCAGUCUUCACCAGUACCUGCAGAGCCAGAGACCCAGUCAGCAGCUGUGCCACCAAAAGAAGAGCUGUCACCUCGACCUACAAAGGCUGGGCCUACUGCUGCGCACACAGAGGUGGGACCCACAAAUGGACCCACAAGAGCAGUGCCUCCACUCACAUCUGGCAAGACAGAGGCCAAGCCUACAGCAGCUGCAAGCAAAGAGCCCGAGCCAACAUCUUCAUCCACAACAGUAAAUACAGCACAUGUCAAAGUGGAGACCAAACCUUCAGUGACUGCCAUAGCAGAGCCUAUUGCACCCGAUAUCGCAGCUGUACAAAAUGUGACAGAGACACCAAAGGUUGAAUCUCCCAGGACAGAUGUCCUCAAGGCUUUGACAGUGGAAAAUAAAGAAGAGGUAGUCAUAAUGGAACCAUCUUUGACAAAGGUUCCUAAAGCUGAAGAUGAAGACACCAAGGUUGAAGAAGGUGUAGUUUUGGUUACUCCCGACCCUGUGACUGAGGCCACAGUUGCCCCCACUCCCCUUAUUACUGCAGAGACAGAGACCGAAGUGGUCACCCUAGAGACUGAAUCAAAGCCCUCCCCGAUUACAGCAGAAGUCUUUGCCCCUGAGAGGAUCAUUAAGGAAUUAGAACUUGAUGAUGAUAUCACGGUAAAAUACAAAACAAAACCAUUGCUAGAGCAAAUUGAAGUGAAACGAAAGGCUGUAGUGGAUUUCGAGGCAGCUCAGCAAAACAUUACAGCAGCCGACAGCAAGGAUGAUGUAUAUCCACUGGUUGAAAAGCUUGUUGAAGUCACCUCAUCUCCAGAGCCAAAACUGAUCAUCACCGAGGAAAUCACGAUGGAAGAACAAAAUGAAACCAAAAGGGAGUCCAUCAAAGACAGGAAAGGCUCCCUAACUACUAUCCAGGUCACUAUGCAGGAAGCAGUUACGUCAGAGAACACAGGUGUUUCUGUAACAAAGCCCGAGGCUAACCCCAAGGCUGAAGAUCUUGAUGCUCGACCAGAGAUUUUGCUGAUAUCAGAAAAAUUAGAAGAUGUGCAAAUGAUCAGUGAUACUCCUUUGAACGAUGCAACUACUGACUCACCCAUGCCAGUCAAGGAGGAGUCCAAAGCAGAGAGGAGACGCUUGAGCUUCCAAGCAAUGGAAGAGAGCAGUGGAAGUGAGUUCACACCCUCACCGUCACCACAGGUGCAGAGGAGGAUCCUAAAGGUGACCAAUAUAUCAUCCAGCAGUGAGGAUAUCAAAACUGAAAGUCCGGAUUCCUCUGUGGAGGAUGAAGAAUUCAUCCGUAGACAGAUUAUGGGGAUGGGCGAUGAAGAAGAAAUGUCUCUUUCAGAAGAUGAGAAGGAAAAGACAAAGUCAGACAAGGACGCUAUCAAUGAGGCUGAGUUAGAUAAUGAACCAUUGACAGCCAAGCCACUUGGUAGAAAAGAAAGCACAGAUAAUGAGCCCAGCCAACCCACGGAAAAAUCCCUCCCAAUGAUUGAUACCACAACUCAAGACAGUCCUGAAACAACAGUAACUAUUUUCAAGAAAGCCAUUCCUGCCACGAGACAGAGACAAAGUACUGAUGAGGAGAUAGAGAGCAUUACUGAAUCUUUGUCAAAGGGAUCCUCUAGUGUCCAGGUAUCUAGCUUCACCCCAGGAAAUUCACCCACAUCGGCCUCAUCUUUAGAGGAGGAUAGUGACAGCAGCCCAAGUCACAAGAAAGCCAUUGGAGACAAACAACAUCGUAAAGCUAAGCAUCGACACUCAGGCCAGGUUCUCCCUACCAUUGCUGAUUCAUCUGAGGAGGAGGGGAUGAGAGAGGAUGAGGAAGUUUUUGGAGAGCAGGAAACAAUGAAAGGGGGUGACCAGUCAGAGAAGAAGAGCACCAAGAAGUUUAGAAAAGAUAAGGAAGGACCCAUAGCCCACAUAAGAAAAGGCCAACCACUUGUUUCGCCCAGUAAUAGGUCUACAAUUGAGGAUAUUUCUCCCACAAAGGAGCUGACACAGGCCAAGUCGAUGGGUGAUGUUGACAGGACAUCUUGCUCUGAGUACUCUGCCAGUAUGGAAUCAGAACCAGAAGAUAAGCGAGCUGUGCAGAGGGGAAGCAAGCCUUCACCAACAGUGAUACCAUACUUUCCCUCUGAACCAAGUAUAGUGAAGGAUACUGACACAAAACCACUCAAAAUUGCUGAUGAAUCCUAUGAGGAAAUUUUUCAGAGAACUCCUGCUAUUCCAGGGGAGAGUCCACCCGAUAUUGAACCACUCUAUGGAGGAAUGCCAAUAGAAGACUAUCUGUAUGAGUCCUUAGUUGGGGAGCCUGACGUUAAGCAAAGUAAAGUUCAAAAGGUGGACUCCAGUGGGGACACUAGCUCUGAAUCAUUGAAGAAACUCAGGUCUCCAGAGGAGGUGUAUGAAGAGAUGAUGCAGAAGAAGAGAGAGCUGAUGAUGAUAGAGCAAGAGUUUCAACAGGCACAGACUGCAAUGGAAUCCACAGCUUCAGUCACUGCUCCAUUCUCCUCUGCUGAGACCUGUGUGGUGACUAUCACCACAGAGGAGUCAUUCCUCACUGGAGAAAUGGAUAGGCUUUUGUCAGAAACUGAUACUCUCAGUGAAGUUCAAGUCAAGAAAAAGAAACGACCAGCUCCACCACGGCCCUCUGAACCUCCGAAACGUCCUGAGGUGUCUGUAGUCCCCAGUACUCCCAGUGGAUCUAUAAGCUUUGUAAGGCCAAUGGUUCCUCAAGAUCCUGCCCUCAGAAGGACCCUGUUUCCCAUACCCGACCUCAAAAUUACCCAGUGUUCAUCAGGGGAGGAAGAGGAUGACAGUCUUGCAGAGGAGUAUGGUGUUGGGGUUUCCUCUGACAUUACUCCUAGUGAUGACCCCAGAGCUAACCCCUACACCUUUACCAGUAUCACCAGUAUCCCCUCCUACUUCACCAGCAACUCCAGACUCCAGUUUAGAUUCAAAUGCUACAUCUUCAUCUUCAUUCCAAGCUGGAACUCCUCUUUCUUCAGACUCAACCCCACUGUCAACACCAUCACCACCAACUUCUUUUUUUCUAUAGCCACAGUAGCACAAGCUCCUACUGUAACUACAAGUCUGAGUCAAGCGAUCAAACCUCCUCCACCCAUACCACCCAAGCCUGUAUCCAUUCCAGCUGGACUGGUGUUCAGCCACAAACCAGGAGAAAGUGUUAAACCACCCACUCCUCCUGUAGCUGUCAAAGCUGCAACACUGCCGAGGACCAGGGAACCACCAAAUGCUCUGUCAUUGAGUUUGACUCGACCAGUAGAGUCCAAGCUUAGUGCAACAUCUCCUAAGUCUCCUCUGUCUCCUAGACAUGCGAAAAGUCUGCAAACCUAUGUGGUGAUAACCCUGCCCUCUGAGCCUGGCUCACCAACAGAGGGAAUAAUAGUCCAGGCACCCAGCAGAAGAGGCUCUAUUCCCUCCACAAAGGUGUCAGGGUCAAGAAUCAUAGCUUCAGAGCAGAAAACAUCUACUGAGGCAUUCUCUGUCCAGGCCACAUAUGAUUUGGCCACAGAGGUGAUUACAGUUGAGACAGCAGCUGGAAUGCCAGCAGUGUCCACUGGAAUUUAUCAGCCACUUGUGGUUGCAGAAGUUCCCCCAAUGUCUGAAGUAGCCAAGGCAGCUCCUGUACCUGCAGUUGUUGAAGUAACACCAACACCUGUUGUGACAGAAGUCAUACCAAUGCCAGUGCAGCAAGACAUCCCUGCUGUGGCUUACAACACACUGGUCAAUGCAGCACCUCUGCCCUCAGCCUUGUCACAGCGAACAUCUGCAGUAGAGGUCUAUGCAGCGCAGUCCGAACAUGAUAUGCCCACAGAGGUCUUAACAACAGAAGAUGUUAUAAGGAGAGCCUCAGUACCAUCAACAGUGAUGGAGCCUCAGACAGUGGCUAGAGUAAUGAAUUUCCCACCACAGUAUGAGAUGCCAGUUGGUGUUAUAACAGCUGAGGCUACCUCUACUACAAGGAGGAGGACAUCUACAUCUGCCAUUGUACAGACACCAUACACCACUGAGGAGAUAUUUACCUACCCAUCAGAAUAUCAACCAUCUGCACAAGUGGUUACAACUGAAGCCAUUUCCACCACUAGAAGAAAAUCCAUAACCCUGCAACAGCCAUUCUCAGUGUCGCAGGAGAUGACCAUGUCAGCUGAAAAGGAGAUGCCCACUGAUGCUUCUGCUGCCCAAGUCUCUUACAGAAGAGGUUCUAUUACUACAGCAGUACAACAACCACAAGUUUUAACUUACUCAGCAGAAUAUGAAAUCCCUCUGGAGAUAAUAACCACAGAGGCUUACUCCCGAAGAACUUCCAUACCCACCAUCCAGGACAUUCCGCAGUCUGUAGCUGUGACUCCAGUCACCAUCACUAAAAUUCAGUCCAUUGAGAGCCAGGAGAUCCGUGGGCCAGAGAAGGUGGUCUCCAGUAUGAGUCACAUGUACUCCUCCUCUAUCUCUACCUCAGGUCAACCUCCUGAGAGUCUGCCCAGCCUAGUCACUCAAGUGGUCACAACGGAGGUCCAAAGGACCACUGUGUCAGUUGUCCAUGAAAGGAUACCACAAGCCCCUUCACCAAGUAUAGCAAUCACCAUACAACCAGAUAUUGCUAAAGUCCAACCUCUGCCAAAACAGAAUGGAAAGAUAAUCUAUCCCAGUGAUGUAAUUGAUUUACGUACCAUGAAGGUAGAUGUUAAAAUGACUGAGCAAGGUAUGGACCUGACACCCCCUGAGUCAUGUAGACAGUCCUUCUCCAGUGACUCUACAGGGAGACAAAUCACAGCAGUGCAGCCUGAGAUAGUAAAUCUUAGCUCAGAGGUCACACCUGCUUCUACAUUAUCUGUUGUUACUGAUAGCAUCACAAUAGUCACAUGUUCUGCCACUAUUGCCUCAUACAAUAAAACUCCAGCAGAGAAGCCUCUUGAUCUUCAGGGCACUGUUACCUCCAUGCCUCUGCCUCUCACCACAUGUAAAUCAUUUGAACCUCUGGCACAGAUUGUAUACAGGCCAGUGAGUGCUCCACCAGUCAGUGCUGUGGCAUCCAUGGUUCAAGAAGUACCUAUGAAUCUUUCUUUUGGAGCUCUUUCCUCUCCAACGGACAGGCCCCCACUGACUUUGGCCCCAGCUAUUACCAAUGGAGAGCCUGUCCUCUCACUGGAGGUGACAGGGGCCAUGGAUCUGUCAAACUACAAACCAGUGAGGGCCAUGGUAGCCCUAUCUGCUACUAGCCCUGGAGUGGUGACCACUGUGGUGGAGGAUGAUGGAAAUCCGGUUGAUUUGACAGCUGGGAGAAGGAGUGUCUGCUGUGAUGUAAUCUACAAGCUACCAUUCACAGGAAGCUGCAGAACACAGCCCCCAGUCACUACCCAGCCUGACAACCGCCUUGUCUUUAGAGAUGAUCGCUACCAAUAUGAUAAUGCUGGAGUAUAUGGUAUCAAAGGCAUGAAUGGCAUCAAAGCCUCUAUGUCUGAGACCAACCUGGUAGAAGUAGGACUGUUCCCCUGUGAACCGAAGAAUGGCUAUGACUAUUUCAAUGGCUCUUCAAAUGGGGCUAUGGACCUCACGGCUACUAAUCUUUCAGCUGGUAAAGCUCUUGACUACGCAAGCAAAGCUGAUGGACCCUACACUAUGAUGACCAUUGCUCCUUACUCCCAAGUUCCUGCAGCUGGAUUUGGUGUAAAUAGUGCUUUGAGAACCUCAGAUGGAAUAGUGUACUCCUCUGUAGCAGCCCCAGUCCCAUCUACUUACGCUAUUACUACUCAGCCAGGCUCUAUCUUUAGCACUGCUUUACCAUCUACAACAGCAGUCCAACCAGUGCCACAACCUUAUGGCUUCAUACCAACUACUGAUCCAGGCCAGAUCAUUCCCCUUGACACAGGCCUGUCCAAGGAGCUCCUACCCACAGCUUUGGCUGAUAUCAUAGCAGGCUACCCCGACAUGUACUCGGACACCACUCUGGAAGCAAUCGCAGCCUCUCUCGAUGCUCUUAUCUCUUCCCCUAUAUUUCCGGGCCUGGACAACACGAAGAUGGCCCAGUACCAGAUGGAGAGGGAAUUCCUGGAGUUGGAGAAACUCAAGCAGCUCUGCCUAGCAGAAGAACUAGAAUGGGAGAGACAGGAGAUCCAACGGUACCGUGAACAGGAGCAAAUGAUGGUACAAAGAGAGCUUGAGGAGCUUCAGGCUCUGAAGCAACAGCUUCUCCUGCAGCAAGAGGAGGAGCACCAUGCUCAUAUAGUGGCUCAGCAGGAGACUUAUGCCCAGCAGAAAGAACAACUGGAACAGAUCCAACAACUCCAACUGCAGCUCCAGCGCCAGCUAGAUGAGCACUAUGGGACCACUGGUACCACAGGAAACAUACUAGAUGCCAAGUAUGCAGGGCAGGAUGAUCAGGAUACAGGGAAGAAGGUAGUGGAUAGUGGGGUGCAGACAGAUGAUGAAGAUUCAGCAGAUAAGCAGUUUGUAGGGAGGAGAAAGAGGAACAAGAGGAAUGUUGAUAGCUGUGUUCAGACUGAUGAUGAGGACCAGGAUGAAUGGGACACACCCACACGUGCUCGACGCCGUUCCCGUAAACAUAGCACUGAUGGGAAACAAAGCUCCAAAGUCUCAAGCAUUGCCAUUCAGACAGUGGCAGAGAUAUCUGUCCAAACAGAUCACUCUGGCACUAUCAAACGGCCCAGUGUUCAAAUGGAAACGAAGGUGGAAAUCAUCAAGCAUAUCUCAGCCCCAGAAAACUCACAAAGAGGAGGCAGCCUGAGCUGUCAGACAGACUCUGACAAGAGACAUGCACCCAAUGAAGUGGGUUACAGCACACACCUGACAGUAGAUGGACAUUCUAAAUCAAAAGUCAUAUACUCUCCUGUCUCCCCCCUGUCCCCUGAGAAGUCAGUGGGAGGCAAAAGGAUGCUAACUGCCGACCCAUCAAGAUUUUCCUCUGGACCGAGGAUGCUGAGAGCAGGUCAGAAAUCUCUGUCUGACCCCAAAUCACUCAGUCCAACCACCGAAGACAGGAUGGGUGGCUACUAUGCAGACAGCUACUCUGGCCGAGGCUCUCCCUCUGGUACAGGUAAGAAAGUAAAGCGGACCCUUCCAGACCCCCCUCCCGAGGAUGAUUUGCUGACUGGCCGCUCAGGUUACAGUACCAACUCUGCCCGCCGUCGUCUGGCACGCAAUACCACAAUGGCUCGUGCCAAAAUCCUGCAAGAUAUUGACAAGGAGCUCGAUCUGGUGGAGAGAGAGUCUUCCAAACUUCGCAAGAAACAGGCUGAACUGGAUGAAGAGGAAAAAGAAAUUGAUGCCAAGUUGCGGUACUUGGAGAUGGGUAUCAAUCGGCGUAAGGAGGCAUUGCUGAAGGAAAGAGAGAAGAGAGAGAGGGCCUAUCUCCAGGGGGUGGCUGAGGAAAGAGACUACAUGUCUGACAGCGAGGUCAGCAAUAUCAGAGAGGCCAGGGGUGAUGGUCUUGAGAGACCCAGGACAGCUCCCCAAUCUGAGUUUGACCAAUUCAUCCCCCCGCAGACAGAGGCUGACUCCCAAUUCUCCACACUAACAAGUCCCUACUCUCACUACGCCCAGUAUGUCCCACAAACCCAGACCACCAGCCAUUUUACCCAACAGAACCUAUACCAGCAGCAGUCCCUCUACCACCAACAGGUGUCCCCUUACCAGAAUGUUCCUACCCUCUCCCUUUCCCAUUCCCAAGCUCAGCCAAGCAACUACCAACAUGCCCUGAUCCUGCAACAGGGGAAGCAACGACAGACCAACCUUGCUGACCUUGAGCCUAAGAUUACCACCAAUUAUGAGGUCAUUCGCAACCAGCCUCUGCUUAUUGUUCCAUCUUCUACAGAAAGUGGCUAUGGAGUGGCCCACCUGGGGGGAAAAUAUGGCAACCUGGAUUUGAGACUGGGGCUUGAGGAGAGGAGCAUGGCCUCUAGUCCCAUGUCUAGCAUUUCUGCUGAUUCCUUCUAUGCUGAUAUUGACCACCAUAAUGCAAGAAACUAUGUGCUGAUAGAGGACAUCGGGGAGCUGACCAAGGGAUCCACAGGGCUAGGGACCACAGGCCUGAGCUCUGGCUUCAACUUGCCUGAUAAGGAGUUGUCCAAAGCAGACAGACUGCUCAGGGCAGCAGAAGCCAGGCGCACAGCAGAGGUAAAUGAUCAUGUUGCAGACUUCUUGGGCUCAUCUCGGUUACAGGGUUAUGGCAAAGGAGAAGAUGACACAAUGGAGGAGCCUUACGAACUGAAGCUACUUAAGCAGCAGAUCAAACAAGAGUUUAGGCGAGGAACCGAAGGGCUAGAACACCUUACAGGCUUGGGCAUGCCCCAGUACAUCCCCAGUGACAACAGCUUCCGUCACUUCCCCAAAGGUGAGAAAUACAGCAUCGGCAGGCUCACCCUUGAAAAACAGGCCGCAAAGCAACUCCCUGCCGUGCUGUAUCAGAAACAGGUGAAGAACAAAAAGGCCCUAAUAGACCCCAAGUCAAUCACCAAAUUUUCUCCAAUUCAGGAGAGCAGGGAUCUUGAACCUGAUUUUGGCAGCUACAUGGGCUCUGGAGCAUCAUCUGUGACCACUCUGGCUGCUAGGGCCAGGCUGUUACAGGAUGAGAUCACUUUUGGACUUAGAAAGAAUCUAUCUGAGCAGCAGAAGUAUCUAGGCUCUUCCCUGGGGGCCAAUUUAGCUGCUUCUCUCAAUCUGGGUCAGAGCCUGGGUCUUGGUCCCACCAUGAGGUCUUCUGUUCAGGAUGAUGGUACCUACCCCAGUGGAACCCGCUCCCGGCCCUCAUCACGCCCCUCCUCCCGCCCCUCCUCUGUGUAUGGCUUGGAUCUGUCCAUCAAACGAGACCUGUCUAACUCGUCGCUGAGGUUGAAGACAGAAGGGGAGGUCUUGGAUGCAGCUUUUGCACCUGGAGUUACCAGAGCCAAGCCUACCAGUCUGCCUAUUAGCCAAAGCCGGGGCCGUAUCCCCAUUGUGGCCCAGAACUCUGAGGAGGAGAGCCCUCUGAGCCCAGUGGGGCAGCCUAUGGGCAUGGCUAGAGCAUCGGCGGGACCUCUCCCUCCUAUUUCUGCAGACUCUAGGGACCAGUUUGGGUCUAGUCAUUCCCUGCCAGAGGUUCAGCAGCAUAUGAGGGAGGAGUCAAGAACACGUGGCUAUGACCGAGACAUCGCCUUCAUUAUGGACGACCUGCAGGGAGCAAUGUCUGACAGUGAAGCCUACCACCUGAGGAGGGAGGACACGGACUGGUUCGACAAGCCAAGAGAGGGACGUCCACACAGCGGACACCUGGCGGACAGGAGACAGAUGAAGCUGGUCCCGUAUGCCUUCCCUCACACUCGCAUCAAACUUCAGAGAGACCUGAAGGACACAAGUGUGUCAGGGAAUGGGCUUGGCAUCCGUGUAGUGGGAGGAAAGGAAAUUCCAGGGAGCCGGGGAGAGAUUGGAGCCUACAUUGCCAAGGUUAUCCCGGGUGGUGUUGCAGAACAAACAGGAAAAGUGGUAGAAGGAAUGCAAGUGCUGGAGUGGAACGGAGUGCCCCUGACGGGCAAAACGUAUGAGGAGGUGCAGUGCAUUGUGGGUCAGCCAUGUGCUGAGGCGGAGCUCUGUGUGAGACUAGACCUUAACAUGCUGUCCGAUCCUGAGCACCCACAAGCCCUGGAGCACCAUGUCCAGCUUAAGGCUGGAGGACAACGUUCCCCAGGUGUAGACCCUAAGCAGCUUGCUGCAGAGCUGCAGAAAGUGUCCCAGCAGCAGGCACCUGGCGUCCUCUCUGCACUGGAGCGCUCGGCCCUCCUUCACUCGGGUACGGGAUCAGCUGCCUCCAGUGGGGUGCCGAGCCCUGGCCAGCCCGGCUCUCCUGCCAUAAACAAGAAACAACGACAUAGUGCUAAGCCAGCAGAAGUUCUGAAGAUGCAGCCUCAUCCCAUCACCGGAGAAAUACAGCUUCAGAUCAACUAUGAUAGGAACCUGGGGAACCUCAUUGUCCAUGUCCUGCAGGCCAGGAACCUGGCCCAGAGGGACAACAAUGGCUACUCUGACCCAUUUGUCAAGGUUUACCUUCUCCCUGGGAGAGGCCAAGUCAUGGUUGUCCAGAAUGCAAGUGCCGAUAACAAGAGACGGACCAAGUAUGUGCAGAGGACCAUGAACCCAGAGUGGAACCAGACUGUCAUCUACAAAAACAUCCACCUAGAGCAGCUGAAGAAAAAGACCCUUGAGGUGACGGUGUGGGACUACGACAGAUCCUCCUCCAACGACUUCCUGGGAGAAGUGUUGAUUGACCUGUCAAACACGUCCCAGUUGGACAACACGCCACGCUGGCUCCCAUUGAAAGAGCAGAGUGAGAGCAUCGAGCACUGCAGAGCUCACCAUGGAGAGGGAGGAUAUGACUGCCCAAAGAAUUCAGUUAUCAAGAGCAGAAGCCAUGGCAUCUUCCCUGAUCCAGCCAAAGACCUGCAGAUGACAUCUCUGGAGAAGUCCCACAGCAGCCCCGGCAGCUCCAAGUCUUCUUCUGAUGGACAACUUCGCUCCCACGGCCCCUCUCGCAGCCAGAGCAAGAGUAGCGUCACCCAGGCCCACCUCGAGGAUGCUGGGAUAGCAAUAGCUGCUGCUGAGGCUGCCGUUCAACAGUCCCGCCUCCAACCAAACAGUGCAUGUGCCCAUUCCGAGACCUGGUUUCUAAACAUCCCCAGUGUGCAGAUCUUCAAACCCCAAUCACAUGAGACUGCCCACAUUUUGGCUGAAGAGAAAAAGCUGCCUCACUUCAUAAUGAUCCAGAUCCGGGGCCACCCCGUGUCUGCGGGACCAGGCCACAGGCUGGGUGAUGUCUCAGGGUCAGUGGUGCUGUCGGCCCCCAGCCUGGUUGGAGACGGCUACGGAGGUCUGGACGGGGAGGAGACUGCCGGAACCGGAGUGGACAGUGCCAUUUUUCAAGUGCCACGCAUCGGUAAGACCAUUCCUAAUGGCACCGACAAGAGCCGCCUAGGGCCCCCGGACAAUGAGGGUGGUAAGACACAGGUAAUGGGAGAGAUCAAGGUGGCUCUGAAGAAGGAGGUGAAGACAGAGGGUGAUCAGUUGGUCCUGGAGAUCCUCCAAUGCAGAAACAUCACCUAUAAGUUCAAGAGCCCAGACCAUUUACCAGACCUCUAUGUGAAGCUGUAUGUGGUGAACGUGGCCACCCAAAAGAGGAUCAUCAAGAAAAAGACCAGAGUGUGUCGACACGACAGGGAGCCUUCCUUCAACGAGACUUUCAGAUUCCCCCUAAACCCGACCGGACACUCCAUACAGCUGUUCUUAGUGUCCAAUGGAGGAAAGUUCAUGAAGAAGACCCUGAUCGGGGAAGCCUACAUCUGGCUGGACAAGGUGGACAUGAGGAAGAGAGUGGUCAGCUGGCACAAGCUGCUGGUCAGCUCCACUCAGACCAACCCAUGA